AUGCAUAAUAGUAAACAAAUUGAUCACGAAGUUUCUGAUAAUGAUUUACAAAAACCAAAUAUUUAUAAUCCAUAUUUGCCAUAUUAUGAAUCAAUUAAACGGCAAAGUUUAGAAUCAUUUGAAGAAAUUUGUGAAAAUCUUUCAUGUCUUAUUCAAUUAGAAGAAUUACAACCUGGUUUUCCACUUUGGUCAUCUAAACUACAAAAUUUUAUUUUACUUUAUGGUUUUUCUUUUACUAAAACUAAUCAUAUAAAAUUAAUCAAUUUCUAUUUAUCAAUUCUUUCAAUUGAAAAUUUAAAUUAUGUCAAUGCAAAAAUAUGUUUUGAUAUGUUGACUGAACUUACACGGAAAACACGUUUGAUUACAAGAAAUGAUCUUAUUAUCGAUUGGAGAAUACUUUAUGUAUGGGCAAAACUUGUUCUUUUCAAUCAUGAUGAAUCUUAUUCACUUAUUUCUAUUUCCAAACAUAUUAUAAAUUCAUUCUUAGUGUGUGUACGUAAUUGUCGUCCUUAUUUUUCAAUAACAGCUACUCAAGAAAUUCUUGAUGAAUUUCAACCAUGUUUAUGUCCAUUUGAUACAAUCUGUAGAGAUGUUAUGAGUUAUUUGGAUAUGUUUUUACCUGUUCAUUUACCACCUGAAUUACAUCAUCAAGGAUUUAAAUUAUGGUUAUCAGAAUUGUUAGAUAUUUGGGAAACCUUUUGUAAUAAUCCAGUAUGGGAACAAAGUUUAAUUAGUUUAUUUUCUUUUGUUGCUUGGUGUAAUAUUGGAUAUAUUGAUUGGGAACCAUGGCUUCCACGUAUUUUUACAAGAAUAUUAAAAAAUCUUUCACUUCCAAUUGGUAAUGUUGAAUUAGAAAAAUCAACAGAAAAUUAUUCUAUACCAAUUGUUGCUACAUGGAUUGUUGCUAUGAUGGGAAAUCAUAGUUCAUGUAUUCAAUAUUUACAAGAUUUAUUAAUUGCAAUAAAAAAUUUUUAUCAUCCUUCAAAUACAGGAGACUUUCAGAGAGAACUUAUUAGUUUUCUUUCAAUGCUUGCACAAGCAUUUGUUGAUCGAGUUUAUUUUGAACGUACAACUGAUCCAGUUUGGUAUUUUAAUCCACCAGAAUCUCAUCGACUUCAUGAUGAAGAUAUUAAUAAUUUUGUUAAUUGUCUGAAAGAAUAUGCAUUUAUAUCUAUAUUCAAUAAAUAUUAUCUUGACAUAGCAGCUGAAACAUGUCAUUAUCUUUCUCAACUUCGACCAGAACUCAUUGUUCCAUCAUUAGUUGAAUUACUUUUCUCUUCGAUCGAUAAUAUGACUGAACCAUAUCGUUUUACAUCAAUAAUUACUUGUCUAGCUAGUAUGACUGGUCAAAUUGUUCGUCAAACAUUAAAUUUUUCUCAAGGUCAAACAUUUGUUUUACCAUUAUUAAUAUCGAUUUUACCUGGUAUUGAUGCAAAUGAUUUUAAAAAGACUUCAGUUACAUUUCAAUUUCUUAAUGCUAUUUUAAUGCUUAUCACAUGUGUUGAUUGUUCAUCUGCAGUUAAUACAAGAAAUGAUCUUACCGAAAUUGAAAAAGAAGUUUGUUUAUCAACAGCAAAAUUUGAAGAUUUUAUUAGUGAACUUCUUAAUCGAAUAUUUCAAAUGAUUGAUACAUUAUCAACAGAAAUAUCUGAUGCUUUAAUAAUAACAAUUGAUUCAAAAAUAGAAGAUAAUCAAAUUGGUUUAGAAUUAACAUCUGUCAUUUCAUGUAUUGUUCAACAAUGUAGUAAAAAAAUUUUUCAUAUUGUUAGUGGAAAGAUAACAAAUUUUCUUGCAACAUAUUGUUAUUCUCCUAAAACAAAUAAACUUCUUACGGGUCUGAUUCAAGCUAUGUUAAAAAAUCAUCCAAUUGAAACAUUAAAUUAUCUUUUACCACAAACAUAUGAACGUAUUGAAAAAAUUCUUAAUCAAUCCGAUAUGAUUAUUUUAAAUGAUCAUAAAGGUGAUUCUGAAUUAACAUGGCGUUUAAUACUUUUCUCUGAACUUACUUGUGCACGUGGUGAUACUUUAAUUAUUUAUAAAUCAAUGAUUUUAACAAUUUUUCAUCGAUGUAUUCAUAUUAUUCAUAAAGAUUCAUAUGAAUCUAUAGCAAAAGCUGCUCAAAAUUUACUUAAAUCAUUAACAUAUGUUUAUCCAAUUGAUUAUCGAUUGACAGUUGAAAAUAUUGAAGAACCAUUCAUUGAUUUUUUACCUAUUCGAACAUGGGGUCAAUAUGUUGAAUAUGAUAAAAUUAAUGUUCAAUUUCAUAUUCCAAAUGAAGAAGAAGUCGAUUUUGCUUGUGAAUUUGUUGAAACAUUUAUGUAUCUUGAAUUACAAAUGUUAAAUGAAAAAUGUACAAACAUGUCUAAUGAUGAACGAUUACGAACACUUACUCUUAUUCAUCAUAUAGCUAUUGGUUGUUUACGUAUGGUUCCUCGUAUUGAAAGUAAAAAAGUAAAAAAUCUUGUAUCAUCGGUUUCUUCGUGUGAUUCAAAAGUUCAAGCUCAAUAUUUUCUUUAUGCUAAACAGCCAAAAUUUAAAGAGAAUCUUCGAAUGCGUCUUCUUAUCGAUAUUGGAAAUUUUAUUGAUCAUCUUAUUGCAUAUCAUUCAGACGAUGCUUCAUCGAUUAACAUAGCUCUUAAAAUUUAUUCUCUUUCGUCAAUGUACUAUGGUAUAUUCGAACAAAACAUAAACAAAUUAUACUGUGAUUUAAAUACUAAUAAAUAUUUAUAUAAAAAUAAAUUAUACGAUACACAACAAUAUCCUCGAUUUGUCAUAAUACAACGUAUAGCAAUACAAAUUGAAUUAUUCUCAUUGAGUAAUUUUCGAACAUUGACUGAAAUCGAUCAACAAGUUAUAUAUAAACUAUUUGAAUUAUCUAUUCAUCGAUACAGUGAAGUCCGUCGUCAAGCACAAAAUUAUUUAUUUACAAUGCUUUCACGUUUUUUCUUAUCAUAUCAAAUAAUUCUUGAUCGUAUUAUUGAAUUACUGACAAAAUCUGAUGAAGUUGAUCAUGAUGAAAUUAAAGGUUGUUUAUAUAUACUUCUUGGAAAUGAAACAAUUUUUCUACCAACAAAACAUUCAUGGAGAGUACUCGAAAAAUUAUGGCCACCAAUUGCAUCUACAAAACAUGCAAUAAAACUUAGUACACAAAAUUUAAUCAAUUGUAUUAUGGAAAAAAUUUAUAAACGUUUUAAUACUGUUGCAAUUAUUGAAAAUACAAACGAAAUUUCAAAACAAGUCGCUAUUAAUUUAUGGCGUUCAUUAGAAAAACAUGAAUUUGAAUUAUAUAAUCCAAUACAUGAAGAAAGAAUUGAAGGAAAUAUUCGUUCAUAUAAUAAUCUAAUGGAAAAAUUAACUUCAUUAUUUUAUAAUAAUGUAUUAACUUGUCGACAACAAAUCAUAAUAAUGACAUUUAUUUUAUUUCUUUUUCAAAGACAAGUUCAAAUUCCAUUAUCAUGUAUUCGAAUUCUUGUAGAUUCUCUUGUUCAUGAAAAUGUUGAUAUACGAAAGAUAGCCGAACAAUGUGUAUCGACAUUAUGUCGUAUACAAAAACCACCGAGAAUUUAUCUUGAAAAAACACUUCAUGAUAUAUUCUAUCAUAUGAAGAAACCAUGUCCUGAUGAAGUAUUGUCUUGUCUAGGUGAUCGUGAUGAUAAUUUAUGGAUUACAUUGAAUGAUUAUCAACCACCUAACACUCAAAUUGAAUGGGAACAAACAUGUUUUUUAGAUAAAUGUUUUCAUGGAUAUUAUAAAUGGCCAAAAGUAAUUAAAUAUUCAAUGAAUAAACGUGAACGUUAUACAAAAGAAACAAUGUCUGAAUAUGUUGCAAUUCUAUAUAAUCGAUUUAUGGAUAAAAAUUUUGUUACGCAACUUAUACAAUAUAUGAUACUUGCUGAUGAAAAAAAUGAAUUGAAUUUUAAUAUACAUCGAUUUCGAAUGUUUAAAGGUCUUUUUCGAAAUUUUGGUAUCGAUUUAAUGGAUCAUUUUAUGGAACAAUUAGAUAUUUUGAUUCAUGAAAAAAUGAUAGAAAAACAAGAAGGUUGUCAUCGAGUAGCAGCUGAAAUUGUUGCUGGAAUGAUUCGAGGCUCAAAAUAUUGGACAUUGGAAAUGCUUAAGAAAUUAUGGCAAAAAUUAAUACCAUUUCUUAAUGAAGUCUGUACAAAUCUUAGUCCUGAAACUUUAUCAUGUUGGGAUUCAUGUUUUAAAUUUGGCAUGGAAGAUUUAGAUCCUCGUCGAAUGUAUCGUCUUAUUGAAUUUAUUUGUACUUUAAUAAAUAAUCAAACAAUAGUAAAUACAUUUCUUGAAACAUCACGUUGGUUUUUAGUUUUAAAAUUAACUAAUUUUGAAUGGCGUAUACCAGCUAUAUGGUGUGCAAUUAAUGAACAUGCAAAAGAAAUGCUUGAUCAUCCAUAUAAAGCUGUUCGAGAACAUAUUGCUAAUGUUUUAUCAGUAUCACUAAGUUUCGAUGUUAAAUUACUCAAUGGUCAAUCAACACGUAACCCCGAUGCAAAUCGUUUUAUUGAUACUAUUCGUGAACGAUUACAUCAAGCGAUAGAAACUUAUCAAAAGGAGCCACUAGCGAACAUUUCUGGAGAAAAGAUCGAAAUCAAUCAAGAAGCUCGUAAAGCUCUAAAUUUUAUUGAAACAGGUAAUACUCAAACAAAACCAAAUUUAAAAAUUACAUUAUUUCAUUCAGUGAUUCAAUUUCAUACACGUAUAUUUAUGUGCUGUUUACAACCAAUGAAAAGUGCAAUUGUUCGAAUAUUUCCAUAUCUUUGCGAAUUAGAAAGUAUUGUUUCAAAUGAAAAUUUAACAAUCAGUCGAACGCUUGUGGCUAUGACUUAUUUACAUACACAUUUUCUUGAAUCAUUGAUUGAACAAUUAGAACAAAUUUGUACAAGUUCCAAAUGGCAUGCACGUCGAGCAGCUAUGGAAUUUGUACAAUAUAUGAUUUUUUGUAAUCUAUUUAAUGCUCGACCAUAUAAAAAACAAAUACGUGAACUUGUUUUUAAAUGUUUAUUUGAUAAACAAUUUGAAGUUCGUACAGUUACAUCAGUUACAUUAUCAGGCUUAUAUCGAUGUGGAUAUAUUCAAAUUAACGAAGAAGAUUUUACAUACUUUAGUCAAAUGAGUAAAAUAAAUUAUUUUAUAAAAAAAAAGGGAAAAAAAAUCGUAUUAACUGAAAAGAUUAUUAAACGACAUGGAGGUGUUCUUGGUCUUUGUGCAAUUGUUCUUGCAAGUCCAUAUGAUAUUUCAAACUAUGUACCUGAUGCAUUGAUGCUUCUAUGUGAACAUUCACAUGAUCCCGAUCUUAUUCAAGAAUCAGUUAAAAAAGGAUUACUAGAAUUUCAUCGUACUCAUUAUGAUUCAUGGCAUGAACAUCGAGAAAAAUUUACGGACGAUCAACUUGUCAUCUUGACUGAUGUGUUGAUAUCACCUAAUUACUAUGCAUAA